AUGUCCCUCUACCUCCUAAUGGACGAAGAUGAAGGAGGCGGCGGGGCAGCCGCCGCCGCCGCAGCCGGGGACGACGUCCACGUGGUGUUCAUUUUGAUGAUGUGCGACGUGGGAGGCGGGGCGCGGUAUCUCACGUCCGGCAAGGUCGCCGCCGCCAUCGGCCGGAAGGGGGACGCGUGCAGCUACGAGCGCUUCGUCUCGCGCGAGCACUUCGUGGAGUUUUUCAAGAGCGGCGAUCGCUUCGCGAUCCGAUGCGAAUGCGACCUCACCGUUUUUCCGGCGGGCAGUCGGCCAGAGCUCGGAGCUAGCCGCCGAGGUGUUGUCGUCAUGCUCUCUAGCCACUCGAGUCCAUCCGGCGAGAAGGCGCCGCCGCCAACGCCUGCCCCGGAAGGGGCAGACGUGGAGUUCGAGGUCGGCGGCAAGAUUUUCGCCGCGCACAAGUCCGUGCUCGCCGCCCGGUCGGCAGUUUUCAAGGAGGAGUUCUUCGGCCCGACAAAGGAGAAGGACACCAGCUACGUGCGCAUCAGCGACAUGCACCCGGAGUCGUUCGAGGCCCUCCUGCAUUUCAUGUACACCGACUCGUUGCCGGAGAUGACCAUGAAUUCACUAAAAGAUGGGCCCGUGCUCGCCGAGGAUCUCCUCAUCGCCGCCGGCCGGUACAACCUGAAGGAUCUCAAGUCACUGACGGAGAACAAGCUGUGCAGCCAUGUCGGCGUGAGCACGGUCCUGCUGAUGCUGGCAAUAGCGGAGCAAUACCAGUGCUGCAAGCUUAAGAAGAUGUGCCUAGGGUUCAUCGGUUCUAGAGCCAAUGCGUGGGCGAUCAUGGCGACGAACGACAUUGAGAAUCUGGCAAGAAGCAGUCCCUCCGCCGUGAAGGAUGUGAUCGUUGAGAUUUUGAACACAAGGAUGGCGAGGAGCAAGCGUCUCAUCAAAGCUUUCAUUUUUGCUUGCUGUUUCCAGAUGCUCCUUUUGGUGUUUAUUUGGUAUUCUUAA